AGUGUAUUGAGGGAGGCUGACGAUUUUAUGAGGCAAGAAAAAUGAUGAUGUUGGGUUUCUCUAGAAUUUUUCGACCCAUGUAUGUGUUUCCACUUCUGAUUCGCAAGUUUUCCUCAAAUUUAUUCCAAGAUUCCAGUGUCAUGUACAGUGCUUCAUGUGGAUCAAGAAGAGUUAGGAAAGUGACAGGGAACACAAAAAGUGUUUUAGUGUUCCGUCCAUCCAUGGAAUAUUCAACAGAUUUAAAAUCCCUCCGUCCAACCAAAGUGAAAAUGAUAAUUGAGAGAAAAAUUGACACGCUGGAAACAGUUGACAAGCAACUUGAUUUUUUCAUGGAGGUUAAAUAUAUGACUGAUAUUGUGAAUCGCAUUGCUAUACUCUACAACAUUGCCAAGAUCACAGAAAAAGAUGAAGAACAGAAGAAAGUUCUGAAACAAGAAAAAAGCAAUGCAUACACUGAAUUACUGGAUAGCAUUUUGGAGAAACUAUACAGAUGCCUUCCUCAGAAUCUUGCCAUUUUGAUGUGGAGUCUGGGAAUUAAUGGAGAAAAGCAUAAAAAGCUGCUCCAACUCUGUGAGAAAAAGAUUCUGGCUUGUGGCAUGUCAGUUUUUACCUAUGAAAACAUCUUUCAGAUUUUAAAUGGAUGUGCAAACCUCAAAAUGACAAAAAGUCCAAUAUUUCCAAAGUUUGAACAAGCCAUUUUAGAUGGUGAUGUUAAAAUUUGUGAUCUUGAGAAUCCUCAUUUAUCUGGGAUAUUAUAUUCAUUUGCUGAAACCAGUAAUGGUUCUGUACAGUUAUUUGAGGCUUUUUUGGAAGAAUUUCUGUCAAGAGAUAUAAAUUCAAUGAACAGUCAACCUAUAGCAGAGUUUGUCUGGUCAUUUGCAAGGAAGGAACAGGAUGCUGAUAAACUGUUUGACAAAGUUGAGGCAGAAAUAAUAAGCCAAGACAUGACUGAAUUAAACAAAAUUGAUUUUUUUAAAAUUCUAUGGGCAUUUGGGAAAGCUGAGAAAGGAAGCAAGAAAUUUUUCCGAUCACUGGAUGGUAAACUUGUCUCCCAGGGUGCAGGAUGUUUACGCAAUGCUGAACUCUUGGAUAUUGUGUGGACUUUCAGUACAAGACAUUUUUUGGAAGGAGCCAUAUUUGAUGUUGUGAAGGAAGAGUUGUUUGACCGAGGUGUUCAAACUCUCCACACACAUGAACUUGUAUUGAUCUUGCUUUCAUUCUUUUCAGCUCAGAGAUAUGAUGACAAAUUAAUCAGUGAAAUUGAAGGCGAGUUGUGUGUCAGGAGUGUAAAACAAAUUGCCAGUACUCAUUUAUGUCAGGUUGCGUGGUGUCUGGCAAGAACAGAGAAGUCAGAUAGUGAGCUGUUUGACUCAAUAGAAGCUGAAGUAUCUCGACGCGGCUUAAGUGUGUUUUCUAAGGAGGAAAAACUUUUGCUCUUUCAAGGAUUUGUUGAGGCAAACAAAGGAAGCAAAAAGUUUUACCGGCUUUUAUGUUCUUCCCUUUUAGCCAAUGAAUUGUCUGAUUUUUAUGAAAGAGAUAUACAGCAAUUUGCUUGGUGUCUCUCUCAUGUGGAUGUUGAAACAAGGGCAAUCUUUGACACUCUGGAAAAAGAAAUCUUCAAUAAUGAGAAAUAUAAGUUUAACGAGAAGCAGCUGAUUUCUAUAAAGAGGAGCUUUCAAAAAGUUGGAAAGGGAACAAAGGAACUGUUUGAAUUUGAAUUGUAGGCUUAGUAGAAUGCAUUUUGUCUUCUUUCUCAACAAAAUCAUAAGUGAAAGGAGGCCAGGAAGGACAAGGGAUGAAGUCUUCCUGCUCUGUAUGGACACACCUGUAUAAUGUUACCUUGCAAGCUAAUGAGACAGCUUUACUAAAACACAACAACCAAUCAAAUUUCAGUGCUUGUUAAUAGGUAUGAAUCAAAUCACAGGAGAAUG